AUGCGGAAAUGCAUUUCGAGUGUUUUACCGUUUGGUGCUGGUGAAAUAAGAAAAUCGGAUAAUUCAACAUCGAAGCCAACCUUGGAACAACUUCGUAAUUCAUUUGCUCUACCAAUAGUGUCAUCAAAUUCGAAUUCACCAUCACUUUCAUUGCAAUCAUCAUCAUAUCAUUAUGAUCAUUAUCCACAACAACUCCAACAACAACAACAACAACAAUUUCCAUCAUUAUAUUUAGGUGAUACUACUGCUGUGGUAGCAUCACAAAGUUGCUGUCCUGCAUCAUUACCAACUAGUAUGGAACAAUUUACCCAUGCAGCUGCAGCUGCUGCUGCAGCUGCAUUUGGUACUAUUUCACCACAAUCAUAUCCACAAUUUCAAUCCUAUUUUUCAACACCGCCACAGCCACCACCACCACCGCCACCACCACCACCACCACCACCACCUCCACAUGCGUAUUAUUUUCCCGGUGCACAUCAGCAUAUUACACCACAGGACUGA